GAAGAGGCGAAGAAACUCACGGCUGUCUUCUUGACAGGGCCUGAACCCUAGUAAGACAGGGAACGGCCUCAGCCAUGGUCCUUUGGUAGACUGUUGACAACUUAGCGAAAUAACGCUCACAAUCACUGAGUCAAGGGAAAACUCUGUAUCAGGUUAACUGUCUACCCCCGCCGGGAAUUCGUUUUACCAGGUUGCUUGCUAACCAGGUAACCUCGUAACGUUACGUUACUCUGAUAGGAUAGUUAGCCAUUCACUACGAAGAACCUCUACAAUUUGAUCCCUGUGUCUGUUCCAAGAUGUCAAACGCUGGUUUCAGUUCUCAAAAUGGGGCAGGAGGACAGGCUUACGCGAAUGGUCCCUCACAGAGCCCUUUCCCAGUGCAGCAGGUGAGCCAAGGGUACAGCACGCCUGGUCAGCUGGGCUAUCAUAAUCCAGUGCCUGCAAAGGCCCCCAUGCCGCCGGGGCCUGCCCUCUACAACGCUGUCCCUCCCGCCGGCUCCUAUCAGACUGGCCCCGGGCCCCACAUGCCAAUCAGGCCGCAGAUGGGAGUCCCGCCGCCAAUGGGAGGAGGCCUGGCACCCAUGCCCCCUGGUCCGAUGCCCCCCGCUUCUCAGAACUCUGUGGCACCCCCCGCGGCAUCAACAAACAGCUACUACCCCACCGCCGCUCAGAACCCCUCGCCGUCCAGCUGGAACUACGCUGUGCGCCCCCCUCCCAUGGGCGUGGCGGGAACGCCACCUCCGCAGCCGGGCAACCACGUGACGUCGUCGUCGUCGUCGUCUCCCAGCCCCGUGCCCAACCUGCCCCCCUCUCAGGCGUUCAGCGCGGCACCCCCGCCAGGGCCCACUCUCACCCCCAACGCCUCCGGCCCCCCUGGACCCCCACUGCCUCCCGCCUCGCUCAACAGCUGGGCCCCACCAGGGUCUGUUCCACCUCUGCCUAUGAACACCAUGACCCCACAUACGUAUCAGCCAGGGAGGCCAGCGUACGGGCCCCCUCCCACAGCGGGCCCCCCCCCAGCCAUGAGACCAACCCCGCCUCCCACCGGGCCCCCCCUCGGCACAGCCACCCCUCCCCCACCCAUGGCCCCCCAACAUGAAGCAGGAAUGAGACAAACUCACACGCCAACCAGUCAAGUUCCCAACAGCUUUGAGGCCGGCGACCGAAGCAUCCCUGACCCCCCCUCAUCUCAGCCGGGGCCAGGGCCAGGGCCAGCAGGAAGGCCCAUGGGUCUCGCCUACCCUUCCUUGCCCCCGGGGUACCAGAACAUGGCCCAGCCUCCUAACGCACCCCCUAUGCACCCAACACAGCCUUACAGCUCUGGUCCGGCAGCUUACCCACAGCCGUCGAUGGGGCCUGCCCAGCUAAGUCCCUCCAUGGCUGCGAUGAGCCUGCAGGCGCAGACCCCAGACGCUCUGCGCGUGGUCAACCUCCUGCAGGAGCGGAACCUCCUGCCCCCCACUGCCAUCGAGGCCCCCACGCCCUGCCUGCCACAGGACCUGCAGAAGGUCAACUGCAGUCCAGAGGUGUUCCGCAGCACUCUCACCAGCAUCCCCCAGACGCAGGCCCUGCUGAACAAGGCCAAGCUGCCCCUGGGCCUGCUGCUCCACCCUUUCAAAGAUCUCUCGCAGCUUCCCGUGGUCACCUCCAGCACGAUCGUCAGGUGUCGCUCCUGCAGAACCUACAUCAACCCCUUCGUCUCCUUCCUGGACCAGAGAAGGUGGAAGUGCAACCUCUGCUACAGAGUCAAUGACGUCCCAGAGGAGUUCAUGUACAACCCCGUCAGCAGAUCCUACGGAGAGCCCCAUAAAAGACCCGAGGUGCAGAACGCCACCAUUGAGUUCAUCGCUCCCUCUGAAUACAUGCUGCGACCACCCCAGCCAGCUGUUUAUCUGUUUGUCCUCGAUGUUUCCCACAAUGCCGUGCAGACUGGAUACAUCGAUGUUGUCUGUCAGUCGCUUCUCGAGAACCUCAACUCGCUUCCUGGGGAUACUAGGACGAAGAUUGGUUUCAUAACCUUCGACAGUACGAUCCACUUCUACAACCUCCAGGAAGGUCUCUCCCAGCCUCAGAUGCUUAUUGUGUCUGAUAUAGAAGAUAUAUUUUUACCUACACCAGACAGCCUUUUAGUAAAUUUCAAUGAAUGCAAGGAGCUGGUCCAGGACCUGCUGAAGAGUUUACCGCAGAUGUUCAGCAAGACGAUGGAGACCCAGUCUGCGCUGGGGCCGUCCCUGCAGGCCGCGUUCAAGCUGCUCUCGCCCACCGGGGGGCGCGUGUCCGUCUUCCAGAGCCAGCUGCCCACUCUGGGCGUCGGGGCGCUCAAGUCCAGAGAGGACCCCAACCAGAGGGCAUCUGCCAAGGACAUCCCGCAUCUCUCACCGGCCACAGACUUCUACAAGAAGCUGGCUCUGGAUUGCUCGGGACAGCAGGUGGCCGUGGAUCUGUUCAUGCUGAGUUCACAGUACUGUGAUCUGGCCUCUCUAGGCUGCAUAUCCAGGUACUCAGCAGGAAGUGUGCACUAUUACCCCAACUACCACAACCAGCACAACCCUGCCCAGACCGAGCGCUUCCAGAAAGACCUCAAGAGAUACCUGACCCGCAAGAUCGGCUUCGAGGCCGUGAUGAGGAUACGAUGCACUAAAGGCCUCUCCAUACACACUUUCCACGGGAACUUCUUUGUGCGCUCGACGGACUUGCUCUCGCUGCCCAACGUGAACCCGGACGCAGGUUUCGCCGUGCAGAUGUCCAUCGAGGAGAACCUGGUGGACAUGCAGGUUGUCUCCUUCCAGGCUGCUCUGCUGUACACGUCCAGCAAAGGUGAAAGAAGGAUCCGAGUGCACACCAUGUGUCUGCCCGUGGUCAACUCUCUGUCGGACAUCUUUGCUGGAGCUGAUGUUCAAGCCAUCACCGGCCUUCUGGCCAGCAUGGCUGUUGAUCGCUCCGUGACGGCCAGCCUGAGUGACGCCCGAGACGCGAUGACCAAUGCUGUGAUCGACUCGCUGGCCUCGUACCGCACCGCUGUGCUGACCAUCCAGCAGCCCGGGCUGCUGUCCCCCACCUGUCUGCGCCUCUUCCCCCUCUACAUCCUCGCCCUGCUCAAACAGAUUGCCUUCCGGACAGGCACCAGUACUCGACUGGACGACCGUGUGUUCGCCAUGUGUCAGCUGAAGUACCAGCCCCUGGCCUACCUCAUGCUCAUGAUCCACCCAGCACUGUACCGCGUGGAUGACCUGACCGACGAGGGGGCGCUGAACGUCAGUGACCGCACCAUCCCCCAGCCUCGCGUGCUGCAGCUGUCCGUGGAGAAGCUGAGCAGAGAAGGAGCCUUCCUCAUGGACUCUGGCUCGGUGCUGUAUUUAUGGGUGGGAAGGAACUGCAAUCCUCAGUUCUUAACGCAAGUCCUUGGGGUUCCAAGCUACGCAGCUCUUCCCCAGAACAUGACUCAGCUCCCAGAAUUGGACACCGCUGAGUCCACGAGGACGAGAGCAUUUGUCGGCUGGCUGCGGGAACAGAGGCCAUUUUAUCCCCUCUUACAUGUCAUCAAGGAUGAAAGCCAGCUGAAGGCCAACUUCAUGCAGAACAUGGUUGAGGAUCGAACGGAGUCGGCGCUGUCCUACUACGAGUUCCUCCUCCACGUGCAGCAGCAAAUCUCCAAAUAAGCUGGUGCUGCAGGCCAGAUGGGUUCUGCUGGGGGGGUGGGGGGGUAUUGGGGGGGUCAACGUGAGGAGUAUGCAGCAGUUCUGGCAGUAUUGAUGGGCUGGGGUGGUGUGAGGACAGUGAGAAUGUGUCCGACCGUAUGACUGGCGUUCAGACUCCGAGCCCGUCGCUACCUUCUGAAGGACAACACCAUUUCUCUCUCUCUCUCUCUCUCUCUCUCUCUCUCUCUCUCUCUGUUUGUGUGUCUUCUCAUCAGUUCCCCUGGAGACAGACUGGUCCACUUGGCUGCUUAUGUUCAAAUCAAACUUCUUAUUCAACAAGUCAAUGAUGGAGGGCAGAUUGUUGAUUUCCUAGUAGCAUGUGGAAAUCAUUGGGGGUAAGGGGGUUGGGGGAUUAAAAAAUAAUAAUGCAUCCAUGUAGGUCGAUAAAUCAAGUAUUUGACCUUCUCGGGACAGACCGUAUGGAGACAUUCAGAUGAUGAAGCACAGUUGUACUUGCUAAUAAUAAAGUAAAGUAUGUAUCACACUAAAGUCUUUUGAGCUUGUGCGCUCCUAGCUCAAUGUAGAGCUCUACUGAGGGGCACAGUCAGUAAUAAAGUAAUGCUUUAUGGUAUGACAGAAUGGCAUAAAUAUUCUCUUAUUUCGACCACUGCUAUUGUCAGUCGAACAAAUCCACAGACUUGCAAUGACAAAAGAAAUAAGGCAGAUGGAAUUUAGGACGAGGGGGUGGCCUCACUCCUUUUGUAAUCUUUUGCUGUGAGUACAUUGAUCAAGUGGAAUGCUGUCUUCACCUUGUGGUUUCUGGCAGUCACUCUGUGAACAAUUUCAAACUUUUCAUGUUUUUAUUUUAUUUCCUUUUCGUUUGUUAAUUUAUGAGAAUCCCAUUCUAAUUAAAUCUGUAUUUGCCUUGUAUGGGAACUCAGUUUUUUUUUAGGCUUCUGUUAAAAGGCAAGACAUUAUGUAUAUGAAAUGUUUUAAUAUAAUAGGAUAUGGGAAAUUUCUUUAACAGACAUAACAAAGCCAUUUGAUCUUUAAUCAUGCUUUAUUAAAAACUUGUAUAUUGAAAAGUACAUUAUAAUGAUAAAGAUGGAUUUUAGUAUGACCUUAAGGUGAAUUUAUGAUAAAAAUAAACUGGUUGGGCCUUUUAUAUCUAGUGGUUGUUCUGUCGUAUAUGAAGGACUAUUUUACUUAAUCCAUUCUCUUCUGAUAAAUCUGAUAAAUGUUGUCCUGCAUACACAUUUUGUUCUUUCAAAAUGGCUUACGUUUUCAAGUUUUAAUCAAACAAUAGGAGUGUGUAUCACAGAAGACAUUCAAACUGUGAUAAAGAAUCCAGUUACAUGUAGUGUUAAGUUCUUCUGUUGUGUUAAAUUUCAUGUUAUAAUUUAAGUGUUUAUUAAUUGUAAUGCUGAAGAAAUAAGUUAUGAAUGAUGGUGAAGAUUGGACUACCUUUGAUUUGCUUCUUUAUGUGUAAUAAUCAAAAUUUACCAAAACCUUUGAACUUCUCAAGAUAAAACAAUGUUUUUCCCAUGUAAUUUUGAUACUGCUUUCCGUCUCAGAGAUGAUAAAGCUCACUAAAUCCUCAGCGCAA